GGAAACGAUUUUGUCUCAAACCAUGUUGAGGCUCUCUAGUCCCAUUAUCUGACUAACUUGCUCUUUUUUUGUUCCCUUUCUUUGCUACUGUGGCAAAACAGACCUUCUGGCUGCAAGUGAUCACGCUGAAGUUUUGCAGCAACUUUUUAUUUCGGUGGUUUUCUCACAUCAUUAUCAGCCAGCCAAGAGGGACAGACAAAGCACUCAUUGGUGCCCUCUGCAACAGAACACUGCUAGCGGGGGCUGGCUGUAAAUUGACGUGGCAUGGAAAAUCUCUGCUAAGUUUGUAACACUUUGUAUGUUCCUGCAAGAGCAGUAACACUCUUGCCCAGAAGGACUUCGUCGCCUGAAAGCAUAAAGGGUUAUAUGCCUGGAUGUAACUAUGGCUGGAAAAUUCCUCCUGUUUCUAACUUGGGACUUGAAUAUUCUUUUUUCUUUGGUGUUGCGGCUAGCAGUAAACAGCAUCUAAAACUUUGAGAUUCCUUCCUCUCUCUUUUUUCUCCAAUCAGAGGGAAACAGAUUUUUGUGGCAUUCUCCAUUUCUACCUCCACCCUCUGCACCUUCCUGCCCCCCACCUCCCUGCUGGCUGUGACCAUGGGGUGCGGACUCAGAAAACUAGAGGACCCAGAUGAUAGUAGCCCUGGAAAAAUAUUUUCAACGCUAAAGAGACCGCAAGUGGAAACAAAGACGGACUCUGCUUAUGAGUACAUAUUGCUUGAUUUUACUUUGGAAGCUUCCUCAAAUCCAGAGGCGAUCAAGAUCAGCUCUGUACUGGAAAUUGCGAAAAAGGUGGAGGAAUAUUAUACGAAAGGAUAUGUGGUAGGAGCUAUUCACCCUGUUUUACUGUCAACUGGACGAAGAAGACACUUCCCAGCAAGUCACAUUUAUCGAGUCGUACUACUGCGUCUCAAACUGAGCCAAAAGCAUCAAGCAUCCAGAGGACAAAGACAACCCAGACUCGUGAUUGAGGAGUGUCCUUCAACAUAUGAAACGCUAACAAAUGAGGUGGUAAAAGGACUGUUGGAAAAGAUCAACGAUGCUGCAAAAAGAGGAAUGAAGUUUGUCGGCUUUAUAACACAACCUUGUCCAAAAUCGAAAAUCUGCAAUGGCACAAGCACAGAUGGGAAUACAGAGUCGGAUUCAACCCUAAGCAGAAGGAGUAAGGAACAGAGAAGAAUCAACCCAGAUGACAGUGAUAAGCCCUGGAAUGAAGGGACUCUGAGUGGACAGUCCUCUGAGAGUGGCAUAGAAGAAGAAAUCCAGCCAGACAUCGGGCAGUUGCGGGAGACAGAUUUUCAUGAUGGAAGAGAAGGCAGUCCUAGCCCAACUAAACUGAGGAAAGAAGAUAACAAAUUGUAUACAGUCUUCAACGUCUUCGAGGAUGAUUCCACCUGUUGGACGUAUCACGACGGUGUUUUGUCUCUAAAAGUGUCGAGGAAAGGACCCGUGAUUAGUACUUUGGAUGCUGACUGGCUAGAGUUAACCACGUUUUAUUACAAACAAGGGUUGUCAUUAAUUGACUCAUUCGUACACUGGGAGGCUUCUAAAGCUGACUACUUGCCCAAAUCAUUAGAAGGCUUAUUUAUAUAUGAAGAAGAAGGCACAGGAGUGCCCGGUUCAAACAGGAAAGGAAAUGACGCCAUUGUUGUAGAACAAUGGACUGUAAUUGAGGGCAGUGAAAUCAAAACAGAUUAUGGUCCUUUGCUACAUACCUUGGCUGAGUUCGGUUGGCUUUUAACAUGUGUGCUGCCUACUCCAAUCAUCCGACUGGACAGCGAGGGAAAUUUGGCCACAAAGCAAGUUGUUUUCCUCCAGAGGCCUGUUAUGUGGAGCCCAGCUGCUCAGACGCCUGAGAAAUCCACCAAGCAACUUAGAGAAGAAAAAGGAAAGGCUCCCAGCAGAAGUGUUGGAUUAGACACAGCUACUUCCCAGCCUGCGCAAAAUACACAAACUAUGGAUGAGUUUCAUCUAUCGCCUUCUGCAGAGUGUUGGCCCAAGGACAGAGGGGUCCAUUUUGAAAGCUUCGCCGGAUUCAGCAGCAGUGAUGGCAUACUAAGGGAACUGGAUGAUGGGCAGUUUGACCAAGAAGAUGGAGUCACUCAGGUCACUUGCAUGUGACCAGAAAAUGGAUUAGAUGGACCUGUACAUAUUAUUUUUUAAAUGUAAAAAUAGAAUUUGCUUUUUAUAUGUGUUGGUAUAAUUUUCUCCCUUUAUCUUAUACAAACACGUGCACAUUAUACUUCCCCUCAACUCUGUAAAUAUACUCAUA